GAUAGUGGGGCGAGAAGGCACAGGAAACUUCUGUUACAUUUUCUGUGCUUGGUUUAACAGUAAGCUCUGCUUUUAAAUUUAAAUUUUUGUUUUCCAUUGUGAGAGUUAAUUUUUAAAUGAUAUCUAGGAUUUGGUUUUUAAAAAAAUGACCGUGUAGAAAAUGUUUACAUUUCAAUCUUGGAAGAUAGGUGUGAUUAAAUUCUUAGCAUUACAAAUCUGAAAUCUUUUUUUUUUUAAAUAAGUAUUGUUUAGGUUUAAUAUCUUCAUUUAAUUGUUUUUAACAGUAAAUAUUAUGUGUAAUAUUAUAGGUCGAAGCAGAGUGCUUCCAUUUUCUUUUACUUGUAUUUUUUUUUGUUAUCCUAUUUUUUUUUUUGUAUUGAGCAAUAGUUUCAUGUUUAAAAUAUUACAACAAUUCUAUGAUGUUUUCUAUUGUUUUCUCAUGAUUUAGUUAAUAUUGGUUAGUUAAUAUUCAAUAAAAGUUGUUGCUUUACUCUAUCAACUACCUGCGAAGGAUAGAUGUUUCAAAAUGAAGAAACUACAAGAUAUAUUUUUUUUUAAAAAUAGAGCUUAUUUUAAGUUAUGAUUUCCCAUUGUUUCAAUUGCUAGAAAUAUAAAUAAAAUGUAAAAAAAAAUCUUACAAUCAAAUUCAACUUCAAAAUUUGUUAAUUAUAUGAAGUAAAACCCGUCACUUUAUAUCAUCACUGCCAAGCACAAGGAUACAGUUCGUUAAGUGUAUGCAAACAACAGUUUCAUGAGGUGAAAGGGAAAAAAUGGGCAAAUAAAAUGACUUUAUUAUUUUUAAAUUAAUAUUUUAUUUUUAUUGUGGUGUGAAGUGAUAUUCAGGCACGAAGGAAAAAAAAAUUAAACAGAAAAGUCUUGAACGCAUCUAAAGAAAGUGAACAUGAGUUCAUUAAAAUGUGUUUUAAAAAAUAAAGUCUUGAUAUAAAAAUGAGUAUAUUAAAAAAAACAUAAGUCAAAUUAGAGAGGCAAAUUUAAAAUGCUACAAUUACAUCACAAAUUAUGGAUACAUGGUUAACAAAUAAUUGUAUUUGAAAUAUUUAGCAUGCUUUUAAAAUUAAUACCAAUAGUUUACAUGUAUUAAGUUUUAUAUAUCUAAUGUUUAUAUUGUUUUUAUAUAUUAGGUACAAAAAUGGGUAGGCAUCAUCAGAAACCACGAUAGAGAACAGGACAGUUCAGAUUUUUAUACCAAUCUAAUGGAAACAGAACACUACAAGGUCUCCAAAGAAUUUACACCAUCAGCGUACAGUUUUUGAGAUUACAUAUAACAAGAGAAAUAUUAAUGGGUAAGUAAAUGAAAUUCGCCAGAUCAUACCAUGUGUCCGUUUAAUUUUACAUGACUUAAUGUAGUAGUUUACCAUGUUUGAAUCCAUUAGGUCAUAUUGGAGCAAACUUGUCCGAAGGACUGCAUUAGUUAAAUUUUACAGGAUUUUCCUAGUCUAUGGUCGUUCAAAACGUGAAUUUGCCAUAAUAAAGACACAAUUUUCUGCGGUACUUCAAUGUCUCAAAAAUGACAAAAAAUUUAAUUAAAUUAUUCAAAUAAUGGAUGUAAAUAUGUAUUUUUUAUUCAAAAAACGCAAGGCAAUUUCCUUGUUUAGCUCAAAAAGUGCACUUAAACUUGCUGUUAUUUGUUAAUUAUUUUUGUGUCUUUAAUAUUUUUCCGCCAUUUUAUGCACUCAGAAAUAUACCUGUAUUCAGUACUUCCGUUAGUUAUUUUUCGGUAUCGUUAUUUUAGUUUCCCAAUAAAUGUCGAUGAAUAUUUUUUUUAAAUAAUGUGAGAAAUUCACUCCACAGCCAGUUACGAUUACCAUCCCUUAAUUGUUGGAGUGACGAGUUUGGCUGUUGUAGUUAUCACCAUUGUCAUAUUGAUGUGUUUGUGCAUCGGUAUCAAACUAUGUCAUCCGUCCAACACAGAGGAAACACGUGAUUUAAUUUGUCACAAUAAGACAUUCGCAGUCACAACUUCUUUUGUGACUAGCACCCAUGGAACCGCUGGCUCGUCCCAUCCUUUGUCUCAACCUGGACCAAACAGUGGGACUUCUGUAGGCGGUAGGAUACCAAGGUUAGGGACUCCUGGUGACAUCACUGAUCUGCCCAGUUAUGGAGCUGUUUUGGCCAGUUGCCAAGCAACACCACCAACCAGCAUGGCACCACCCCUUUAUUCAACGGUUGUGAAUGAAGAAUGUGAACGGAGACCAGUGAGCAGAAGCAUGUGUAAGUGAAUUUUGUCUUUUGAUAUAAAUUAAAAAAAUACUCAUCAAUACAUUUAAAAAAACCCAUCUUAAAGUGUUAAAAUAAAUGGGAUAUUUAAUCGUUUUUUUUUGUGGGUUGUUAUUCUAAAAUGGCUUUAAACCAUUCGAUUUUAAAAAUUCGUUCCUUAGCAGAUCAAUGCCUUGAUACAUAGAUACCUCUUUAUACGCACGUGGAUAAAAAAUUAAAUUUCUGCCUUCAAUAUGAUUAUUUAGAAUGAAUUUAGCUUGAUGCAACACACGAUCUGCUACAUGCGAGGCUGUGGUGAUACUCAACAUCAAUUUGCAUAUUGCGUCAGUAUCCUUAUCUGUUCACAAAUAGGUUACAAUCUUACAAAUAUGGAGUAGUGCUGUCUUUAAUAUGCAAAUUGUAAAUUUCAAAUUUGUACACCCGUGUAUCUAUAUGUGUUAUGUAAUUAUUUAUUUUUUGGUCAGAAUAAUGUACAAAUAUAAUGUUUGCUCUUGUUUUGGAAUUCCCCCGAAUCCUGUGUUCUAAAAUUGCUUAGUUUACUUUCUUUCGGUUGAGAGCAGUGAGAGUCACUGAUGAAGUUCCUCCUCCUCCAUACCCAGGGACUGAACCUCUCUCUUGACUUUCAUAAUAGGAUAUAGCAUGGUGGGUAAGUUCCCUUUGAGGGUUUAUUCAAGUGUCGAAUAUUAAAACCACAUUCUUAAAAGACUAAAGUGAUAUUUAUUAGGUCAUUGCUUACAAUUUUUUUUUUCAAUUCCUUUAUGCCAGAAACGACCAGAGGGCACAUAAAAAAAAACAUCGGACUUUUCUAUUAUGUUACGUAAAUGGGAUCAGAUUAAAUUAGAUUCAAGUGAAAUCCAUCUGCUGAUAGUUUAACUAUAUGUUUGAUUAUUAUACAUUUUAAAUACAAUUGCAAUAACAAUAAAUAAAAAAAAAUAAGUUAAAAUAUUUUUAUCUGAAUGUCAGAGUUAACAUAUUUUACCUAUGUCAAAUAAUGUUCAUCUUGUUAUUUCUAUUAUCGAUUCGUAAUCAGAUUUAUAGGAAAACCCCGAGAAUCUGUUUGUUUAUUUUUGCUUUAGUAAUAUUGGGGAAAAAAUAUGUUGAUUGACAAAAUGACUUUUACCACAGUUUUUUUUCUUUCCCUUUUACAGUUUAUGGGCGUGUACAAAGAUGAGUUAAGAUUUUCUUUCAAAAUGUGAACAUACUAGUUGUUGUUGUUGUCUUCACUUUUCGAAAGUAAAAUGGGGUGUAAAUUCGUAUGAUUAAAAUUGCAUAUUUAUUUAAAAUAAUAAUCAAAGCCAUUUAAAUUGACAAAAUAAAAAAAUAUAUAUAUAUAAAAAGUGUCAGGAAGACAUUAGAUCUCUGCACACAAUACACUCAUUAAAAAGAUAUAACAUCUUGCAUAAUAAAUAUUUAACUAAAGUAGAACUCUGCACAAAAUUGAAGGCGUUAAACUACUACACAAUAAUUAAGCCAAUGAAAAUAACAACACUUUGUCACACUAGACCUUCUCAUGUCGCCACUGAAAAUUAAAGCUCAUCAAUUUUUGCCUAUCUCAUUUUAUUAUAUUAUUAUCUCUUGACUAGCCUCCGUUAGCAAAUAAGAAAUGCAUCUUAAAUUUUCAUGAUACAGUAAAGAAAAAAAAGAUUUAAAAAAUAUUUAUGAAUAAUUAUUCAACCACGCAAGAAGAUAUUUGCAUUGACAUAAAAAGCGCUUUUAAAAAUGCUGCCUUACUUAUAAUUUUAUAUUUGAACACAUACUUAGUCUUUAAAAACCUCACUGAAUAUUGGACAGAAGAACAUAAGUUACGCUUUUCAAACGUUCAGAUUGGAAUUGGAAUUGGAAUUAUUUUAUAUACACAGAUUUCACAAUGCAUUGAAAUCUAACUACUUAGUUUAGUGACAUUAUUUGAAACUAAAACUUUUUUUUCAGCUACGGGAUGAGUAGGUUUUCCAAAGUCAGUAUAAAUAAAUAGUAAUCCUGCACUUUAUUUUUUUAAGUUUUCAAAUACGCAUAAAUAUUGUCGUCAAGCGAACAUUAUAAAAAUAAUCAAUUCUAAUAUGUUUAGAAAUAAUUCACAGUUUUAUAAAACAAAAAUAAAUAUUUUUAAAAAAAGUAUAUUCAACGAAAAACAAUUUGGAUAAUAGUGUGAAAAAAAACAAUAUAGGACAAUGUAUAAUUUUCUGUAAACAUAAUGCAGAAGCAUUAUUUAUCCCACUCAAAACAUUAAAACAUUAAACUAAAACUAAAAUAAAGAAAAAUCAAUCGUUAAAAGAUAUUGAAUUAUUUCCACUUUUUCUUCCAGAUUAAUUUUCUUCUAAUUUGAAGUUUAAAUGUGUUAAAAUAUCUUUACCGGUAGAGGUGACCAUUUAAGAAUGUAAUAUUUUAAAACAAGUGUAAAUUGCACAAUACGACUGAUAUAUAUAUCACGAAUAUAUUGAUUGAGUAUGAUGCAUAGUUCAAAUGAAUUUAUAAUCUAUAAAAGAUGCUCAAGUUUGUGAACAUUUUUAUUUGUUAAUCUCCCCUGCUCCAAGUGUUCACAAAUGGAAAUUAGAACCAGCGUCCAGAUUUUAGGGACACAAAUUAUAGAAACCGCGAACAAAGGAAAACCAUUCAUUAAAAUUUUGCUUAGUGCCUAGUUUUUAAAACCAAUGAUUAAAAAAAAUCCCUCGAAAGUCCAUCAAAAAAAUUUAUCUGGAAAGUUUUAGUCAUUUUCGUUUUGACUAUCAUUAAAAAAACAACCAAUGGCGUCCAUUCAAUAAAAGGUUUAAAUGCUCCAAAAUGUUUACUUCUCAAUCUUUAAUCAUGAGAGGUGUUGUUUUUUUUAUUUUAUUUCCUUUUUUUUAAAAAAAUAACAAUUUAAAGUACUAGAUAAUAUUGCAGUUUGUAAAAAUAUAUUUUUAAUGCCUGGAUGCACAAUAAUAUCUAUCGGAUUCAAACACCAACUUUUGACAAUUUGAAAUUAAUUGAAAUUAAAAUUGUAAUAUUUGUUUUUCAAUUUAAUUUGAGGUUACAUUACCUUUUAACGUAGCUAAGGUUUUUACUUUAAAAAAAACCAAAUUUGAAUACACAAAUUAGCUUCAAACUAUUUUACUUUACUUUGCCUGUCACUAGAACUCCCUGCAGGUAAGACUACAGCAUUACCAUCAAUCUGAUGCAAUGUUUUUUUCUUCGCAGGCUCGCAUCGCUAGGAUGGGAACUUGACCUGGUCAAUAAUACCACGUUUAUUUAUGGAGGUUUUGCUUCAAAUGUUGUAACACUAUUUGACCUUUCAAUUCAUCCCGGCCAACAUAAAAAGUCCAACAUAAGAGGCCUGAUUAUUAUAUUCGACAUUUAAAGGGUCGGUUAGGGACACCUUAAUGACA